GACUUUGUUUGUGUUGCUGUUGUUGUUGCACUGUCAGCGACUCUUCGUCUGCUCAGUCGGGGGUUACAGUGUAAUGUAACGGCCUUUUAGUGGGAAUUAUUAUGGUACUAUUAAAAUGAAUAUGGUACUGUCAACUUUCUUAACGUCUCUUAUUGCUUCUUUAAUGUGUUUUUAUUAAUAACUUUAAAUCUCCACCACUCUUCAAAGGGGCUCCGACGUUAACUACAUUCCUUAUUUAACUAGCUAGCCCUGUGUUAGCUAACGUUAUUUUGAAGCUCACAAAAUACGUGUUGCACUUUUCUUAGUCGUUUUGGGGUCAUUUAAGAACUGAGCAAGAGUGACUCUGCCUUUAAACUUGAGCCACAACUCUUGUGUCACGUGUUCCUCUCUUAAAUUGUAGUUCUAUGUACCAAUGUGAUUUGUUGUAGUUCUAUGUACUAACGUUAAUGUGAUUUGUUGCUCUGCACAGAUACACAAGCCCUCUCUGUCCUCUGCUGUCUGUGGUAACUGCAUGGCCUAAAAGACUUGGCACACAUUGUCAAAGACACUGCGAGCUUUAUUUGUAUUUAUUUGUUUGUUUACUUUGAAUAGUAUAUCAUUAAAGAGAUCAUCUGCUUUAUAAAGCUCAAUGCAAGAGGAGCUACAUGUGGUGCUGGAAAAACCUGUUACUGCUUCUAGAUUUAUCCCAUAAGGAAAAAAACCUGUUUAAUAUAUUUAUCCAACAAGAGUGCUGCUUUCAAUUGUAGAUAUGAAAUAUGUCAGAUUUCAAAAAUGGCUCUAUAUUUAUUAUUCCAGACUUUUCCAGGUUUUUCAAUACCACACAUAAUCUUAAUAUCUGCUCUUCCUGUUUCUUUUGCCUUCAGCCUUAAAAACAACAAGCCUACACGAGAGCAUCAAACUAAAGCAUAUUUUUGGCUCGAGCAGGAAAUGUUUUGUCUUCUUUGAAAUCGGUUUCAAGUAAGAUCCAGUCGAUUAAAAACAAUGUAUUUUGCACAUGUUAAGAGCUUGUUUCCUCCAUGUGCAUGACCUAAGAAACCUCCAGACUCUCGUGAUUGAUCCCGAACCAGAAUGUUUUCAUUCAUCAGUCAGAGAUACUGAAGCCUCAAUCUGAAGUCACACUGCUGCUGUCAGCAUUACAUACUUCCUCUCUCUCUUAAGCAAUCGAACCUCAUAAAUCACGAGACCUCAGAUUCCAGUAAACAGUUUUUUUUGUUUGUUUCGUUGUGAGCUCAGCUCCUAGCAGCUGGAAGCGGUGUGUGUGUGUCUUUGUGCUAGAGAUGAAAUGUUCGGGUCAUUCUCUGUCCGUGGCUCUGAAAACAUCUAGAGCCUUCUCUUUGUCGCGUCAGUAAAGAAUUGCGGAGCCUAAUCUGACCUGAAGCCGAAACUACUGAUAGACAUCAAAUCAUUCUGUCUUUCACAAUGAAGACGGACGUCGCUUACAACCAGCUGGUGGACGUGGAGAGGAGGAGACAAGAAGCCAACCGUAAAGCACAGAUGAACUUCAGGUGCGUCGUAGCUCUUCUCACUGUGGCCACUGUGCUGCUGGCCGCCACGGCCCUCUACAUCCUCCUGACACCGAAGGUCUCCUCCUCCUGUCCGGCACCGAGCAGCAGCCUCCGUCCGCCCCGAGGAGAGUCCUGCUCAGACCCCUGCACGAUCGUUGUGGUGGAGAGCAUCCCUGAAGGUCUGGUGUUUAACUCCAGCACCACUCACCCCACCAUCUUCCAGGCCUGGCUCAAUCUGAUGGGCGAGGCCCGCAGCAGUAUCGACAUCGCCUCCUUCUAUUGGACGCUCACUAAUGAAGACACAGGCACUCAUGAGCCGACAGCCAAUCAGGGUGAGACCGUUCUGAAGACACUGGCCGAAGUCUCCGGGAAGCUGUCUGUUCGUAUCGCAGUGAACACACCACAGGGGAGUCAACCGCAGGCGGACCUCAGACUGCUCAACGACUCAGGAGCUGACAUCAGGACAGUUAACGUGAGAGAGCUCACCUCAGGCGUCCUCCACACAAAGUUCUGGGUCGUGGACAAGAAGCACAUUUACAUCGGCAGCGCCAACAUGGACUGGAGGUCCCUCACACAGGUGAAGGAGCUGGGUGUGGUGGUCUACAACUGCAGCUGCUUGGCUGCAGACCUGGGUAAGAUCUUCGAAGCCUAUUGGCUCCUGGGAGACAGUCAGUCGAUCCCGUCACCUUGGCCCAACAGAUUCGCCACCCUCUACAACAAGGACACGCCCCUCCAGCUGCCGCUCAACAGCACGCCGUCCAACGUCUACCUGUCGAGUUCCCCUCCGUCCUUCUGUGCAGCCGGCCGGACUCCAGACCUUCAGUCCAUCCUCAGCGUGAUGGAGGACGCCGAGAGCUUCAUCUACAUCGCUGUCAUGAACUACCUGCCCACCAUGGAGUUUUCCCAUCCUAAAAGGUACUGGGCCGACAUCGACACCCAGCUGAGGCGGGUCGGGUACGAGAAGCGGGUCAUGGUGCGCCUGCUGAUCAGCUGCUGGGCCAGCACCCAACCAGUCAUGUUUCCCUUCCUGAAGUCUCUGGCCUCAGUGUACGACCCCAAGAGCAGGCUGGACAUCCAGGUGAGGCUGUUUGUGGUGCCGGCCAGCCCCAAGCAGAAGGAGAUUCCCUUUGCCAGAGUCAACCACAACAAGUACAUGGUGACUGAUAAGAUAGCCUACAUAGGUACGUCUAACUGGUCAGGUGACUACUUCAUGAGCACGGCCGGCUCGGCGCUGGUAGUCAACCAGACCGCGUCUCAGUCCUCGGAGCCGACCGUCCAGUCGCAGCUGAAGGCCGUGUUCGAGAGGGACUGGGACUCCGCCUACAGCACCCCUCUCACCCAGCACUCCAACCACAAAGACUUGUGUUAGUUUUUACCACCGGCAGUGUGGACACUUGUGUGCCAACACGUGUUGCAGUGCUGUAGUUUGUUUCAGUAUUUCACCAGCCAGCUGAGACAGUUGUCCUCGCGGUGAACACGGAAACUCUUGAGUUGAGAAAUCAGACGACCUCUUAGCGGAGCGGAGUUUCCCAGUUGGCUACGGUCCAAAGAAAGAUAGCUGACUUCCAGUACACCUAGCUAAUCACAGCUUUAGUGCUGACUCCUAUUUAACCAGAGGAAUGUGCCAUCAAACCAGUGCUGCCAGCUGUUAAAGGGUUGUUCACAGGUGCCAUUUUUUAUUUUAAGGCAAUUAUUAUUUUGCAUUUCUUUUGUGUUUCUAUCAAAGCUGGCCCGGGAUUCAAACUACAUGUGUAAUAAGACAUCUGUAACAUCGGACCAUGUUGGUGGAACAGUUGUUGUUUCUCCUAAAAACCUCAAACUGACUUUAUUUUCUUUAAUCACGGGGUUUCCGUCAUGUACUAUGGUGCCAGUAGCAGAAGAGGGCGCUGUGUCAGCUUUUCUUCAGUCAGGUCUGUUUCAUGAUGAAUCACAUCUACUGGCUCCCAUCGAUCACAGUGUCUAGUGAUCUACUCAUCGAUCACCGUGUCUAGUUUUAAAACCUCACCAGCCUCAGUGGGGUUUAUUUGUAAUAUCCCAGCUCACCUCAGGGAGUGAAGUAGUUUUCUUAAUGAAUCCUUUUAGUUUGCUGUAGUCUGGAAUAAUGAAUGUUGAUGCCGGUGAGCUGUUCAUAAGAUUACUCAGUCUUCAUGACUGGUUUUUAAAAUAAACUAAUUUAAUACUAAAUCAGCCGUGUACACGAUAGAUUGAAAGUUUUAAAUGAACUUGUUUAAUUUCCACCGUGUGGAGUGAUUGAAAGAACCAAUGGCUGAAGAGGUGGUUGUUAUGGCAGCUGUCUGAAGAAGCUAGUCGUGGUGUGCUGAUAGGAAUAUUGUGGACAUCAGCUUCCUCUUUAUACAGAAAUCACUCUCAAUAAAUGUGUUUGAAUCAAA